AUGCUGAGGUUUAUCAGAAAUUCGUUCAAUACCUUAUUAGAUGAUCAUAUCCAAAUAUCAGAAUUCUUUGAGUAUAGCAAGGUUGACACAAUUGGAUAUCCAUCUAAUGUAACUGCAGUUGCUUUUGAUGAAGUAUUAAAUCUUUUUUGUGUGGCGACCUGUGAGGGAAAAAUAUCUAUUUUUGGACAAGAAAAGUCUUUGAGUUGUUUUCUAACUGAAUCCAAAGACUAUGUGCCUCGAAAAAUAGUAUUUGCAACAGGAUCCGGCUUUGCUGUGAUAGAAGCAUCAUCAAGAAAAGAAAUCAAAUUUUUCCGUUUAUUCGUUAAUGCUUCGAGUGUUGCGGUUGAGGAAAUGCAGAAAGAUCCUAGAUGGAAAGUGACUAAUGCUUAUUCAAUCGCAAAAAAUGUUGACAACAAGUUUGUAUUCUUACAAGGUACACAAGGUGGUAAUAUAUCAAAAACGUUCUUAGAAACGCUCACAUGUGAAGAAUAUACAAGAUGUGACGAAUUUGGACAAUUUCUACGAAAUGCUCCUAUUGUUCAGAUGGCAGCUUCUCCUAAUCUUGAUAAGAUACUCAUAACACAGAAAGUUGAAGCUAACAUUGAAUUAGAUGAAGAAAGUCAUCAUGUUUUAACAAUGAUAGAUAUUAAAACGCAAAAGAUUAUAACAGAGUCUGUUCUUGAUAUAUCAAUCAAUAUUGAGAAUGUUACAUGGACUAUCGAAGAUGUCAUUUGUAUACAAGAACGCAGUGGAAAUAUUAUCGACUUAUGUGUCCAGAAUUUGAGACGUAACACGGAAACGAAUACAUCUAAUGGCUUCUUCAGUUGUUUUCCUAACAAAGGUCUUAGACAAGUACAGUACUGUUAUUGUAAAAACAAAUCAGACGUAAUGGAGAAAACUCUCGUAUUCAUUGGUGGUGUGACUGAGACCAUAUUCGGUGAUAGAAAUAUAGUGACACUGAGAUCUGAUUCUAAAACAUGUUCAUUAGAGCUUGGUUCUCCUGUUCAAUCGAUUGAAAUAGCUCACGAAUCAGAUGCUGACGAUAAGUUUGCGAGUGUUCUCAUCAUUCUAGCCAAAAACGAACUUGUAUUUAUUGAUUUGAGGAGUGAAUGCUAUCGUCCUUAUCCAACACGCUUCUUGUAUCCAUUAGAUGCUCAUGAUAUCACUUGCACUCAAAGCCUCACAGCGGAAAUGCAGUUGCUCACCCAAUUGAACGAGAUAUCUAAGUUGUCCUGGUGUGAUGAUUCGAAGUACAGUACUCGGAGUCAUACAUUCUUCUCAAAUAUCUUGUCUAACACUACCGAUACGGACAUUAAAUAUGAUAAUAAUCAAUUAGUUUUGACUGGAUUUUCUGAUGGAAGUAUCACCAUCACAAAGCCUGGUAUCAGGAAUGGAACAGUCCUCUUCCAAAUUUCCACUAAAUACGAAUACAUGGAAGGAUUCGAUUUUUCCUCCUCAGUUUCGAACGAGGAGUGUGUUAGUGGAUGCCAAUUUUAUAAAGUUGGUGUUUAUGAUACAUACUCCGACGAACCUGGAUUGGAGAUAGCAUCUCUAGAGAUUGAUUCACACACUGGUAUCCUAGCUGUCGGAACCAAGAUGGGAGUUGUUCUGAUAUACAGAAUGAACAACGAAGAAUUGACUUUGGUGCCCGAAUCACUUCAUAUAAUGUUAUGUGGGAAAGAGAUUGCUACUCAUAGCAAAAUAAAAAAAAUCCCAACGAAUCUGAACACACCCAGGCGAACUGAAUUCCAUUACAAGGCAGGUUAUCAACCUUACUCUUCCGAAAAUGGAAAAAGCUUUUUUGCUCAAUUAGUACCUAAUACUCCAAUUUAUUCAUUAUCCCUGUUAUGUCACCGCAAUCUAGUUGUUGCUGCCGCAGAAUUUGGCUUUGCAGUCAUCAAUUAUAAAGCCAAUAUGAUCAUUUUUCAGAGAUCUUUCAUCACAUUAGAUGACUUAAGUGAUGUUGUAAUGCCUAAUGACACUUGGAGUGUAUUUAAAUCAAUGAAAAAAUCUAUUCGUGACACAUUCAGAAGGCGUCGAAGACCAAGAGAUGAAGAUCAGUCAGUUUCUGUUGGAGAAGGGAGAAAACAGCAAACCUUUGAAUAUCCGAAAGAAGACGCUCAAAGCGAUAUGAGACCUAUGGAAAGAUGUGUCGAAAGUCGAACAGUCAGGAGAGAAGUUUAUAAGCCUUGGCUCAUUCGUUAUUCUAAGUUCAUCAAGCUACCAUGGACUAAUGGGAUGACCGAUGUCCUCUUUGUUGGUACUAAUGGAGGAAAGUUGUUUUGUUGCUCUGUCGCAGAAGAAGGUCACGAGGUGACAAUGAUUCAAGACAAAGAGAUUGUCUUAGCUCAUGGAGCUCCUAUAAUUGAUGUUGAUCAUUUCAUUGAUUAUUCAACAAAGAACGGCGCCGUUUCUAGACUUCUUGUAGUGACUCAAGAACAAGUUCGAUUAUUUUUGAUUCCCUCGCUCAAGUCCACAAAUUAUAAAAUCAAGUUAACAUGCAAAGAAGGUUUGAAAAAUCGGAAAUCAAGAAUAGUUCAACUAACCCAUAAAAACGGAACUAAACUGAACUUCCUUAUGUUACUUAUCAACAAUGGGGAAAUCCGAUUGUAUUCGUUGUCAAACCCUGGUAGGAACAUCCGUCUGCCAUUAUCUUUGGAAAAUAACCAUCUGGCCAUGGAACAUGCCAUUAUGACUUCGUCCGGUGAUUUUGUCUAUAUAAGAUCUGGACAAUCGGAACUGCAAAGAGUUAGAAUUCAAGCAGUUAAGGACAAUGUUUCAUUAUUUGGAGUUUGA